AUGCAGAAAAGUGAUUUUAUCGCGUUUUCGCAACUUGCUCCUGUUGUCAGGUCUCGACCUGAUCCUGUAAAAGGCAGCUUGUCCGAACUCUUCUGCCAAUCCUCAGCCUUAAACAGUAGAUUUGGUAGAUUCCCAGACAUGUCACCUGUUGCCUGGUUGGCAUCUUCAGUAAACCUUGCCUGGCUUAGCACCGAAAUGUUGGGUGAAGAGAUUCGCAGGUCGGUUCCACCAGAAGACGACGGCGAUUCCUCUUGA